GAGCUAAGUGAUGUACCCAUGUCAGCAGAUGGUGAGGAGAGGCAGUGGUAGGAAGAGGGGGCUCAUAGGCAGCAACAAAAGGAGACGGAGCUGCCAGAGGUCUGGACACAGGACACACAGCCGGUUACAGGUAGCGUUCACAGCGGUCCGGCAGCACCAUGUCAGCAAAAGCGAUCUCUGAGCAGACCGGAAAAGAGUUCUUGUACAAAUACAUCUGUACCACAGCUGCAGUCCAGAACCGCUUCAAGUAUGCCCAAGUGACCUAUGACACUGACUGGGACAGACUUGUUCAAGACCAUCCAUGGCUUCUCACUGAGCCUUUGGUGGUGAAACCAGACCAACUUAUCAAACGUCGUGGGAAACUCGGGCUUGUGGGUGUCAACUUAAACUUGGACCAAGUGAAGAGCUGGUUAAAGCCACGGCUGGGACAUGAAACCACAAUUGCCAAAGCAAGGGGGAUUCUCAAGAAUUUCCUGAUUGAGCCGUUUGUUCCACAUAAGCAGGAGGAGGAGUUCUACGUCUGCAUCUAUGCGGCCCGGGAGGGGGAUUAUGUGCUCUUCCAUCACGAGGGAGGUGUGGAUGUUGGGGAUGUCGAUGCAAAGGCACAGAAGUUACUUGUUAGUGUUGGGGAUCGUUUGACCGAACAAGAUGUGAAGAACCACCUCCUGAAUCAUGUAACCCCUGAUAAGAAAGAGGUACUUGCAAGCUUCAUCUCUGGACUCUUCAACUUGUAUGAUAACCUUUACUUCACUUAUCUGGAGAUCAAUCCGUUAGUUGUCACUAAGGAUGGCGUGUAUGUGUUGGAUAUGGCAGCCAAGAUUGACGCCACUGCUGACUAUCUCUGCAAAGCUAAAUGGGGAGAUGUGGACUUUCCACCACCUUUUGGAAGAGAAGCUUAUCCAGAGGAAGCCUAUAUUGCGGACUUGGAUGCCAAGAGUGGAGCAAGUCUAAAACUUACCAUUUUGAACCCACGUGGCAGGAUCUGGACCAUGGUUGCUGGUGGAGGAGCCUCAGUUGUGUACAGUGACACGAUUUGUGACCUGGGUGGGGUGGAUGAGCUAGCUAACUAUGGGGAGUAUUCUGGAGCCCCAAGUGAACAACAGACCUACGACUACGCCAAGACCAUCCUGUCUCUUAUGACCAGAGAGAAACAUCCUGAUGGUAAAAUCCUUAUUAUUGGAGGCAGUAUUGCAAAUUUCACCAAUGUUGCUGCUACCUUCAAGGGUAUUGUUCGAGCUAUUAAAGACUUUCAGGGCCCAUUGAAGGAACAUGAGGUUACAAUAUUUGUGAGACGAGGUGGACCAAAUUAUCAGGAGGGCCUUCGUGUCAUGGGUGAAGUAGGUAAAACCACUGGAAUUCCAAUUCAUGUGUUUGGUACUGAAACUCACAUGACAGCCAUUGUGGGUAUGGCACUGGGGCACAGACCGAUUCCAAAUCAGCCUCCUACUGCAGCCCACACCGCCAAUUUCCUGCUGAAUGCCAGCGGCAGCUCCUCAACCCCUGCAUCUAGCAGAACAGCAUCCUUCUCAGAAUCACGCCAGGAGGAUAUCACUCCAGCAAAAAAGGCCAAGCCUACUGUACCAAAUGACACAGCGGCUGUACAUGGACCAACCAAAGCCAAGGCUACUACUCUGUUCAGCCGGCAUACCAAAGCGAUUGUAUGGGGCAUGCAGACCCGGGCUGUGCAAGGCAUGCUGGAUUUUGACUAUAUAUGUUCCCGUUCUGAGCCUUCCGUUGCAGCAAUGGUCUAUCCUUUCACUGGGGAUCAUAAGCAAAAGUUCUACUGGGGACACAAAGAAAUACUUAUUCCAGUUUUUAAGAAUAUGGCCGAUGCCAUGAGAAAACAUCCAGAAGUGGACGUUCUUAUCAAUUUUGCCUCACUAAGGUCUGCUUAUGACAGCUCCAUGGAGACCAUGAAUUACCCGCAGAUCCGAACCAUUGCAAUAAUUGCUGAAGGAAUCCCAGAGGCCUUAACCAGGAGGCUCAUCAAGAUGGCUGAUGAAAAAGGGGUCACCAUUAUUGGACCUGCCACCGUUGGUGGCAUCAAACCUGGUUGUUUCAAGAUUGGAAACACUGGAGGAAUGCUGGAUAACAUUCUGGCCUCUAAGCUUUAUCGUCCCGGAAGUGUUGCUUACGUGUCUCGCUCUGGGGGUAUGUCCAAUGAGCUUAACAACAUCAUCUCCAGAACCACAGAUGGAGUUUAUGAAGGUGUGGCCAUUGGUGGAGACCGUUAUCCUGGUUCCACCUUUAUGGAUCAUGUUCUCCGCUAUCAAGACACUGAAGGAGUAAAAAUGAUUGUGAUCCUUGGGGAGAUUGGUGGCACAGAAGAAUACAAGAUAUGUCGUGGUAUUAAAGAAGGCAGACUCACCAAGCCUGUCGUGUGCUGGUGUAUCGGGACCUGUGCAACCAUGUUCUCCUCUGAGGUACAGUUUGGGCAUGCUGGAGCAUGUGCCAACCAAGCAUCGGAGACUGCAGUUGCCAAAAACCAGGCCUUAAAAGAAGCGGGAGUGUUUGUGCCACGUAGCUUUGAUGAGCUGGGUGAUGUUAUUCAGUCCGUGUAUGAAGAUCUGGUUGCCAAGGGAGAAAUAGUGCCAGCUGAGGAGGUACCACCACCUACAGUUCCAAUGGACUACUCGUGGGCAAGGGAGCUAGGAUUGAUCAGAAAACCUGCCUCCUUCAUGACCAGUAUUUGUGAUGAGAGGGGGCAAGAGCUCAUUUAUGCAGGGAUGCCCAUAACAGACGUUUUCAAGGAGGACAUUGGGAUUGGAGGAGUGUUGGGACUACUUUGGUUCCAGAGACGGGUACCCAAGUAUGCCUCCCACUUUAUUGAAAUGUGCCUGAUGGUAACGGCAGACCAUGGACCCGCCGUAUCUGGAGCUCACAACACUAUUGUUUGUGCUAGAGCUGGGAAAGAUCUCAUCUCCAGUCUUACUUCUGGUCUGCUCACCAUAGGAGAUCGGUUUGGUGGUGCCCUCGAUGCUGCUGCCAAGAUGUUCAGCAAAGCUUUUGACAGUGGUCUGAUUCCAAUGGAAUUUGUGAACAAGAUGAAAAAAGAAGGCAAACUUAUUAUGGGCAUUGGUCAUAGAGUGAAAUCUAUCAACAAUCCAGACAUGCGAGUACAGAUCCUGAAGGACUAUGUCAAACAAAACUUCCCUGCCACUCCAUUGUUAGACUAUGCUCUGGAAGUGGAAAAGAUCACCACUUCAAAGAAACCUAAUCUUAUCCUGAAUGUAGACGGACUAAUUGGUGUCGCUUUUGUAGAUUUACUGAGAAACUGUGGUUCUUUCACAAGGGAAGAAGCUGAUGAAUACAUCGAUAUUGGCGCACUGAACGGUAUCUUUGUUCUGGGACGAAGCAUGGGCUUUAUUGGGCAUUACUUGGACCAAAAGAGGCUGAAGCAAGGAUUAUAUCGACACCCAUGGGAUGACAUCUCCUACGUUCUGCCGGAACAUAUGACCAUGUAGAGAUUUGAAGGACACUCCAGUUAGAAUACUUGAUAUGUUGUUGCACACAAGAUGGAUGCUUCCUGUGUGCGGGCUCCUUGCAGUAGUCCUGUGUACUCAAGCAACGCAGAGCAAGACUAGAAUAUAUAUUGCUCCUUAAUGUCAUGGUCGCUGUUUUUUUGUUUUUAUAUUCAUUCACCCCUUUAUUACAGGUUAAUGUGUUACAUCCUUUAAUUUUAAUAUGUGUAGAGUUUCACGUCAAAGUAAAUUGAGUUGACAACUGUAUUUAUUAAAUGGAAAUUGCAAUGA